AUGAGUAACGCUCGACACCUGUCACCUCGUGUUUUAUGCUUCCGGUGCCUCACUUCCGGUCUUCCAGAGCGGCAGGGCGACAUUUCCGAAGAAGACUAUCGUCGAGCUCGUCACGUGAUCACUGAGAUAGCUCGGACAGAGGCGGCUGCUGAGGCCUUCAAAAAGGGCGACUAUGUCACGGCGGGAAAACUGAUGAACGAAAGCCACGCAUCGCUCAGGGACGACUACGAGGUGUCGUGCGCGGAGCUGGACCAUCUACAGAGGCUCGCCGCCGCAGUGGAGGGGGUGUUCGGGUCCCGGAUGACCGGAGGGGGGUUCGGAGGGUGCACCGUCACGCUGGUGAAAAAGGGUGCCGUGGAGCUGUGCAUUCAAAAACUCAAGAGUGAGUACGCCGGCAGCGCCACCUUUUACGUUUGUCGUCCGGCUGAUGGCGCCACCGUCAUCUCCGCUUAGUUCGUAUUUAGAGUAAAGAAAGUUUUUUG